CAGUCUCGUGUUUACGUGGAGAACAUGGCGGCGGAGAUGUGGCUGUAGCAAGGAGUCCUCUCCUAAUGCGAGUUCGUCGCAGUGAAUUGACACCAUUACCAAACAAUUUUAAUGUCAACAGACAGACACUUUCCCCACAGACUCUAAGCGUAUUCGCUGACACUUCGCAUGAAGCCCCUUUCCUCUUCUCUCAGCCACAGGGACAACGGUAAUGGAAGACGAGGAGAGGCAAAAGAAGCUCGAGGCCGGCAAAGCAAAGUUGGCUGAGUACCGGCAGAGGAAAGCUCAUGCCGACAGACAGAAGAAGCAGCAGAAGAAGAAAAAGAGGAGAGAAACAGACGACAACCCGGGUGGGGAUGGACCGGCGAGAGGGGAGGCCGAGCAGGAGUUAGAUCAGUCAGUGGGGGAGGGGAAUGGGGGGGAGGUAGGAAGAAGAGGAGAACUGGACCCCCCUACCACAGAGUUUACCUUCACCAGGACCCUGCACAGUGGUGAGACGGUCAAACACGACCAGACGUACACCAUAGAGCCAGAUAGUGAAGUGUCCACCACAGCCGAAGACUACUCCUCCGAGGUGAAUGGCUGCCUUGAGAUGACCGAGAACCCAAUGGAGACUUACAAGGAGUUUAUCUGGGAGGAAGUGGGCUCUGAUCAGCAGGAGGCGAGGGGUGGAAGUGUACAGGUCAUGGAGGAAGAGCUGGCUGCCAAGACUCUGGCGGUAGAGGAGCUGAGCCGAGAGCUGGAGGAAUUUAGAGUGGCUUUUGGCUCAGAGGGGGUACAACAGCUGCAGGACUUCAAGGCUGCCUUAAAGCAGCGAGACGGCAUCAUCACCCAACUCACAGCCAAUCUGCAGCAGUCUCGCAAAGAGAAGGAUGAGGUCAUGAGGGAGUUCUUGGAGAUGACUGAGCAGAGCCAGAAACUGCACAUUCAGUUCCAGCAGCUGCAGGCAGGCGAGACACUGAGGAACACCAGCCACAGCAGCACAGCACAGGACCUCCUGCAGUCCAAGCAGCAGCUCGUCCAAUACCAGCAGCAGCUGGAGGAGAUGGAUGGCCAGGUCAGAGUGCACCAAAUGAUGAGCAAGGAGCAUCUGCUGCAUGUCAGCCAGCUCCAGCACCGGCUCAACGAGGCUGAGAUGGUGGGAAGAAGAACAGAAGAAUCAUUUGCACAAAGGUUAAAUGAGAAAGACCUGCUGAUUUCGGAACAAACUGCAAUAAUAACAGAACAUGAGCGUACACUGACCAUGCUCAAGGUGGAGCUUACACAGGUGGGAAGGAUGACUGAGGAGACUUUUGCAGAGAAGAUGAACGAGAAAGAACUGCUGAUUGCCGAGCAAGAGAGAGUCAUGUCAGAACAUGACUCCUCCCUCCACCAGCUAAAGGGUGAGUUGAUGGCCUCUGAGAAAUGCUUAAACGGCCUCAACCAGCAAAUAUCCUCAAAGGCUCAAGAGCUGGAGAGCUGUAAGAGUGACUUGGAUAACUGUAAGAGGGACUUAGAGAGCACUAAGAGUGAAUUGAAUAGCUGUAGGGUUGAGCUGGAGAGCAGUAAGGGUGAGUUGGAUAGCUGUAGGGUUGAGCUGGAGGGCAGUAAGGGUGAGUUGGAUAGCUGUAGGGUUGAGCUGGAGAGCAGUAAGAGUGAGUUGAAUAGCUGUAGGGUUGAGCUGGAGAGCAGUAAGGGUGAGUUGGAUAGAUGUAGGGUUGAGCUGGAGGGCAGUAAGGGUGAGUGGGAUAGCUGUAGGGAUGAGUUAGAGUCAUGCAGGUGCGAACUCUCAGCCUCUAGGCAGAAGGAGCGGAUGUCCUCCAGUGAAAUCCAGCAGCUAAUGGGCACUGUGGAAGAUCUCCAGAAGCGAUGCCAUCAGGGGAGCCUGUCAGAGAGCGACACCUUCCAGAGAAUAGAGGAGGACUCAGCCCGCAGGCUGGAGCAUCUUCGGGCAGAGCUAGAUGAGAUGUACGGUGAGCAGAUCGUCCAGAUGAAGCUGGAACUUCGCUUGCAGCACUCUGCGGCCCUGGAGCAGGUCACGGAGCAGCAUCGCAAAGAUCUAGCACUUCUAAGAGCUCAGCAACCCGCGCCCAGUCCCAGUCCCGAGGUGGUGAUCGAGCUUAAGGGCAAGAUCGCAGAGCUUCAGCAGAGGCUCCUAGAGGCCCAGGCUCUCCAUGAGAAGGCCAGACAGGAGCUGACCCAGGUGGCGCAGGAGAAGCUCGACCUUCAGGGUCAGGUGACUGACCUGCUCCAGGACCUCCGCUCAGCCCAUGCCAAAAUUGAGCAGGCCUCCCAUAACUUUGCUGUCCAUGAGCAUUGUCGGGGUGAUCUGCAGCGCUUCCAGGAAACCAUUGAUGACCUGAAGGCCCAGCUAGCUGCCGCUGCAGAGUCAGCAGAAGAGAUUGAGGCCAAGCACGAGUCGGAGACAACCAACUACAAGAUCAAACUGGAGAUGAUGGAGCGUGAAAAGGACGCGGUGCUGGACCGCAUGGCAGAGUCACAGGAGUCGGAACUGGAGAGGCUGAGGACGCAGCUCCUCUUCAGCCACGAGGAGGAGCUCAUUCUCCUUCGGGAGGACCUCCAGAGGGAAAGCCAUCUCAACGCUGAGAACCUCCUCAACGAGGCAUCCAUUCGGCACAGCCGAGCCCUGGAGGAACUGCGGAACGGUUACGAGGUCAAGCGGGACGAGCUGUUACACCAAAUUGUUGCACUGAAAGACGACCUAAAGAUGGCACUGCACAGCUCAAAAGCCGACGAGCUGGUGGCGCAACUCAAGGAACUUCAGUUGGAGGUUGAGGAACUGCGAAAGCGUGGAGAAGAAAGUGUCAGAAUGGAAAGGGAUCUCCAAAUGCUGUUGAAAAAGAAUGAGUUGCUAGAAAAUGAGUCCAAGGAGAGAGAAAAGAGCUGGGACAACAAAUGGAGGGGGCAGGAGUCAGAAAAUAGGAUUUUGAUGGAAACCAACAACACCAUGAAAGAGGAAGUUGAAUCCAAGACGAAAAAAUGUAAAUCCCUCACCACAGAAAAUGAACAAAAGCAGCGACAAGUGGUAGAGUUGCAAGAGGAGAUUGAAAAGCAAAGGAACACAUUCUCUUUUGCCGAAAAGAACUUUGAGGUGAACUAUCAGGAGCUCAAGGAGGAGUAUACGUGCCUUGUUGAGGUAAAGGCGCAGUUGGAAGAGAGGAUUCUCAAGGAGACACUUGUAUUUGAGUCUCAACUUGCAAGCCUUCAGUCACAGAUUCAGGAGCUGAGGGAGAGCAAGGAAAAUAUCCAAAUGGAGGACAACGGCGGUGCUUCGAUAGAGAAAGACACUACUGAGCUGAUGGAGAAGCUGAAGGUAUCUCUGACAGAAAAGGAAGAACUCGCAGUGAGGCUGUCUGAAGUUACCGAGCAGCUGACUGUUACAGAAGGCGAAUUGGAUGAGCUGGAAGGAGAGCUCAGUCAGGUCAAGAGAGAAAACAAAGAGGUCAUUGCCCAAAACGAAAACCUUGAGGAAGAGCUCGAAAGAGAGCGGGAGACUCUGAAGGAGAGAAAGGGAGAGAUGGAACUGCAGAGAGAGGAGGGAGGGAGAGCUGCUCUGAGCCAAGCACAUCUCCAACAGAGAGAGCAGCCUGUUCAGUCUGCAGUCCUAGCUUGCUCCAUCAAGGAUCAUCAUCUCCAGAUCGAAUCUCUCCAAGGGGAGGUAGAGGUGCUCCGCUCCUCCUUACAUGCCGCCGAAAUAGAGCGAGAUCGCCUCCGGCACACCCCGGAGGCUCUGCACCAGAGCCAAACACUCGCUCCGUCUGCAGCCCCAUCUCAGGUCUCGACUGUGGGGGAGGGACCUGUUGAGCAUAGCUCCGCUGUAGAGCCUUCAGCCUCUGGGUCAGACAGGCGCAAGACACCGCAGCGGCGAGGCAAGAAGAAACGCCAGAGCUCUGCCCAGUCCAAAGAGAAGAGAGAGAAGGAGGAGGUGGUGGAGAGAAACAAAGCUGGAGGUUCUACUGCUGCAGCAGAGCGGGAGUCGCGGGCUCAGAUGGAGAGCCAGGUUCCGUCGAGCUCACAGCAGAGGACCGGGGAGGAGGACUCCAGCUUCGGGUACCACGGAGAGCGAGACGACAUUGGGAAGCAGGGGAAGAGAGUAGAUGGGAUGGAGUGUCGGGCGGACCAUGUAGCGAAGCGAGAGGACGACGACAGGGACAACGAGACCAUAGAGCAUGUGGAGUGCAGGCUGCAGCUGGAGGCCCAGCGGAUCAGCCUGUCUCAGAUACACGCUGCGCAGCUGGAGCUGCUCCGGGAGCAGACAGACUCCCGUGCCUGCAUACUUGAGCUGGGCCGCCUCAAAGAACCAAAGGACUUCACAGAUGAUCCCAAAAGCUCCAAGUACCAGAAUGUGGUGCAAAUUGUGUCUGAAGAAUGCAAGCAGCUCAUCCUGUCCUUUGCUAAACUUUUCGGAGAGGAAUUCUUGGAGUAUCUCCACCCCACUGAUGUUGAGGACUGGAUGAUUCAUUCAUGUGAAAAGGAAGAAACCAGGGAUCCCAGUGCUGUUUUACAGGAUGCAAAAGAAAUAUGUAGAGACCUUCAGCAGGUGAAGGAAAGGAUUGAGCAGGAGCAUGGUCGUCUACUACAGCUCCAGUCCUUACUGAAGGCAGAUGGCAAUACGAUUGAGGUGAUACAGCUGGGGUACAAUGAUCUGAAGCGCAGCAGUCAGGAGGAGAUCGCCAGCCUGCGCAAGAUUAUCGACAGCUCUAUUACUUCCACACACGGCCUUGAUGAUCGGAGGGAGCUGACCACUGCUGAGGACGUCCAGAAGUUGAGGGCCGACGUCCAGCAGCAGCGUGCCCAGCUGGAGGAAUGCCACAGAAUGGAGGUGGAGCACCUUAGGGCCUACUACCAGCAGCAUGCCAAAGAGACAGAGGAGCGCUACUCUACCGAACUCCUAGUGCUACAGCAGCACCUUGAUGAGGUCACAGGCACUGAGGCCCAGUUCAGCCUGUCCAGUGCUGCCCAGCUUGGCUUGCGGACAGAGGAAGAGGAUGCAAAGGAACUAAAGCUGGUGGAGGAGGAGGCGUUGUUGGUGGGCCUGGGUGCGGAGCUACGCGGGCCGGCAAAGUCUAUGAGCCUGACGGCACAGCUGCAGGCGCUGAGGGGAGCGCUCUACCACAAGUACCUCCAGGAGGUGGCCGCGCUGAAGGAGCAACACUGUGCCGAGCUCACCAGACUCAGAGAAGAGAGGGAGCUGGAAAAGAGAGAGAAGGGGAGGGAGGAGGUGUGGUCACAGGUGAAGCAGGAUCCAGAGGGCAUCAACGGGGGUGUCCGCUCUAUCGAAGGGCCCAGCGAGGAGGAGAGGAGACACCAGGAGAGGGUGGAGGAAGAGAUAGCUAAGGUCAUAGUUCAGAUGUCAGUGGAGUUUGCCCAGCAGAGAGAAUUAGCCCGAAUCUCCAAGAGCGCCCGCGAGACAACCUCGGCCAUGCAGACCCAAUCUGAGGAGGAAGAGGAGCAGCAGACCCCCAGGAGCUCACUCGCCAAGGGGAUCUCUCCGGAGGCGGUGCAGAGGACGUUCGUGGAGGAUAAAGAGAGGCUGGAGAGAGAGCUGGAAGAGAGGACUGCGGAGCUCCGUAGGAUUGAAGGGCAGCUUUGGCACGGAGGUCCUGGAUCUGAGCAGAAGAGAGGAGAUGAGGAAGGAGAGGAAGGUGAAGAGGUCAGGAGGAAGAUGGCAGUUAGUGGAAUCGUUUCGUCACAAGUUGGAGGGGAUGGCUCUUCCUGUCCAGAUCAUCAGGUCAUCACUACUGAGAGGAAUCUGCUGCGUAAGGCCAACGAGAGCCUCCGCCAGGUGCUGAGUGAUGUGCUCAAGACCACAGCGGCCGCUGAGGAGACCAUUGGACGCCACGUGGAGGGGCUGCUGGUACCCCCAUCCUCCUCACAGAGACCCACCUGGCAGAGAGCUGCUGGCGAGCCCUUCAGGCCUGCCACAGAGGCUGCGGGAGAUGCGUUGGCGACUGAGAGUUGCCAGGGAAGCGAGCCUGGGGUGGACAACGUGAGCGUGUGGUCGGGCGAGACGGAGACGGACGAGGGCCUGGAGAUGUCCCAGCAGAUGAUGACGGACAGUCACAGCCUGUUGCCGGAGCUUCAGCUGGAGAACGAGGAGUACCUCAUGAAUAUUAGCUCCCGCCUCCAGGCUGCCGUGGAGAAACUGCUGGUGGCCAUUACUGAGACGACCAAUCAGCUGGAACAUGCACGCAUCACCCAGACGGAGCUGAUGCGCGAGUCCUUCCGCCACAACCAGGAGAUGGGCGAUCUGCUGCGGCGGCAGGAGGAUCUGCAGGAGAGGCUGGUGGAGGAGGGGCGUGCCCGCGAGCGGCUGGCCCUGGAGCUGCACAGGGCUGAGGGUCUGAUUGAUGGCUACACAGGUGAACGUGCUGCGCUGGAGGAGCAGGUGCGUCAGAAGGAGGAGCUACAGCUAAGCCUGGAGCAGGAGCUGCAGGUGACGAGCAGCCGCCUACACGAACUGGAGCAGGAGAGGCUGCAGAUGCAGGAAGAGCGUGAGAUACUGUCACGGCAACAGGACGCCAUGAGGGAGCAUGCCGGCCCCCGCGAGUUACGCCUAGUUGAAGCUGCAGUCGAUGCAGCACCUGAAGCAGACCUCCUGGAGGAGACAGAGAAGCUGAUGGCUGAGAAGGUAGAGGUGCAGCGGCAGGCAGAGAAGGAGAGCCUGGACCUUCUGCACCAGGUGAAAACACUGGAGGCUGAGCUGGAGGAGCAGAUCAACCGGGUCAUCGAGCUGGAGCAUGCCCGCAAGACUGAGAGCGGUGACCUGCUGCAGCAGAUCCAGGCUCUGGAGAAACAACUGGAGAAGAAUCGGAGGUUCCUGGAUGAGCAGGCCGUUGACCGGGAACACGAGAGGGACGUCUUCCAGCAGGAGAUCUUGAAUCUGGAGCAGCAGCUGAAGAACAGCCAGAAGCUGCAGCCCGGCUCUGAGCAAAGAAGCAGAGAGGUGGACCAGCUGACCCAGCAGCUGAGGGAGAAGGCGGACUGGUGCAGCGAGCUGCUGCUGGCGUCCGAGCAGCUGCAGCGCGAGGUGGGCGAACGCAACGAGGAGAUUGACAAGCUGGAGGGUCGCAUCCGCGAGCUGGAGCAGGCGCUGCUGGCCAGCACCGAGACGGUGGAUGAUAAGAGGCAGGAUGUGUCUGUUUGUGAGCUUGGGGACUCAUCACUGGAGGCUCAGCUACAGACUGAAAGAGAGGCUCUGGACAGGAAAGAGAAAGAGAUCAGUAACCUGGAGGAGCAGCUGGAGCAGUUCCGGGAGGAGCUGGAGAACAAGAGUGAUGAGGUGCAGCAGCUCGACAUGCAGUUGGAGAUCCAGAGGAAGGAGCUGAGCACCCAGCAGAAAGACCUGGAGACCAAGGACCACCUGCUCCAGGUGAUGGAGGAGAAGGACAGGGAAAUAGCCCUUCUUAAUGAGCAGAUGGCUAAGCUUCAACACACGGAAUCAGCCCCUGAUAACAAGGAAAUCAAUGCGAGGGACGAACUACUGUGGGAGCUGGAGUCCCAGGUGGAGUGCAUGCGGAGCGAGCAGCAGCGCCUGAAGAAGAACAGCGAGGAGGAGCUGGAGCAGCUAAACGCCGUCAUCGACAAGCUCCAGGAGGAGCUAGCCAACAUCGAGCGGAAGCAAUCCUCAGAGACGGACGAGGAGCUCAAGGGCCAGGUGGAGAGCCAGGUCGGAGGUCCCAGCAAGGAGGAGUACGACGAAAUGAAGCAAAAGAUGGACUUGGCCACCCAAGAGCUGGACACCAUCAAAGCAGAGCAAUGCAUGCUCCUGGAGAGGUACCGGUGCUUGCAGGAGAGCAGGCUAGCAUUAGCCGAAUCGGAAAAGGAGCAGUCGGACGACACCGCGAUGGAGCUGCAAGAUGCCCUCACGGAGAAGACUGCAGAAUUCUUGGUGGUGCAGGCUCAGAUCCAGGCGCUGGAGCAGAGCGCCACCUCCAGGUUGGAGGAGCUGAGCCUCCGCAUCCAGGAACUUGAAGCCUGUGUCAGAGAAAGGGAUUCUGAACUGAUCCGCUGCCGGUUCCUGGUGGAGCGUGCCCAGGAGGACGCCGACGAGCUCCAGCGCAAGGUCCAGGAUCUGGAGGACAAUCUGAGGGAGAGGGUGGCGGCCGCGCUUGUCAGCCAGGCCCAACUGGGCGCCAUCCAGCAACAGUUGCAUCAAUCGCAGGAGUCCAAGGGCCAGAGAACCAAAGAAUUCGGCCACCAGGAUCCCCAGGGACAGAUGGAGGUACCGGACUUUGGGUUUGCAGGAACAUCCCGAGCAGCGGAGAUCCAAGGAGCCAAACAGAGCCCCACGGGGAAGGUGGUCCUCCUGACGGAGAAGCUCCGCGAGCUGGAGGUGGGACUGAGUGGCAUACAGAAGGACCAGGAGCUGCAGAAGCAGCUGCUCUCCAGUUCCGAGGAGGAGGUGUUGGAGUACGAGAAGAGGCUGGUCAUGCUCAUGGAUUUGCUCAAUCAGAUGAGGACGACCAAGCCUGGUGGAUACCAGAGAACGUUUCUGGCCGAAGAGACUCCAUCUUCUGGAGAAAACGAGCCGGCUGUAUCUGGGAUGAUACAGGAACUACAGGAGGUCAAAGACGAGGCUUCAGCCACCAAAGCACAGCUCAGCAGUUACAGGGAGAACAGCAAUAAACUCCAGCAGGAGCUCAAGGCAAAAGAGGUUGCAAUAGCAAAGCUUCAAGAAGACCUUCAAAGGCAGGUGUCAUUGGGAGGCGGUGAGGCCAAGGUGUCUGAGCUCCAUCGGCAGCUGAAGGAGGUCAAAGAGGAGGCCGCUGCCACCAAAGAGGAGCUCAGCAGCUACAGGGAACGCUGUGACAAACUACAGGAGCUGCUACAGGAGAGAGAGAUGACCAUAGCACAUAUCAAGGGAGAACUCCACCAGGCCUCAUCGGAAGGUGACAGUGCCACCUCGUCUAAACUUCUCCAAGAGCUCCAGGAGGUCCGAGAAGAGGCAGCUGCUACCAAAGAAAACCUGAACAGCUUCAGGGAGUGCAGCGAUAAACUCCAGAACGAACUCCAAGUCCGUGACCUGUCCAUUUCACAGCUUCAAGAAGAGCUCCAACAGCUCAGAAUAGCCUUGGCGAAAACCACAGAGUCACCGUCACCACUAUUGCCACUAUCACCAUCUCAGUCUCCCUCACCCCAGCAGCAGCAGCCGGUACCAGCCUCCAAUCCGAAAAAGAAAGGAGUCAAAUCGCAAGACCACCGCCAUGGAGCCAAGGGAAAAAUGGCCGCCACUGCCAAAGACAAACCAUCACUCUCCAGGAAGAUCUCUGCCGCGGAGAACCAAACGUCCUCCGACAAAUCGUUUGGUCUUAAUGUAUCUCAACGUCUGCCUCGUACAGAUGCUGGCACCCAGACGGAGACCUUUUCCUCCCAGACAUCUGACCAGCCCAGGUCUGUGUCAGAGGAAGAGGUGGAGGAGAUGAUCGGGGAGUACCAGGAGAAGAUCGUACAGAUGCAGGAGCUGCACGCGGCAGAGAUCCUGGACAUGGAGGCCCGGCACAUCGCAGAGAGCGAGGCCCUGAAGAAGGAUGCUCAGAUGCUGGAGGAGGAGUGUAGGGCUCUCAAGACCGUCAUCGAGAAGCUGCAACGCUCUCAUGAGGCCCCCUCAUCGAGACCAGAGCGUCCCGCAGGAUCGCAAUUUAAAGACGGCUACACCAGUGACAGCAGUUCUGAAUGGAGUCAGCGGACAGGUUAUGACCUGCCUAAUCUGCAGCAGGAGUUCAGGACCACGCCAGAGGGAGCCAGGAUAGAGACAGACGAAGCCCUGCCUGACAGAAUUAAGAACCUGCUCCGCGAGGUGCACCAGGAGGGUAUGCAGGUGCUAUCCCUGUCGGAGCUGCCAAUCCCAGAGGGCGAGGCUGACCCAGCCAGCCUGAUCCACCAUGCUCAGGGCUGGCCCAAAGAGAGAGGGGCCUUGCUGGCCACUGUGGAGUCCCUCAAGGCCCUCAUUGCCCAGAUGCAGACACACAGCAGGGAAACACAGACUCCAGGUAGUGCGGACUGGCGUGGAGAGCUGCUGGGGGCAGUGCAGCAGGUGUUUGUGAGGGAGCGGAGUGUGCUGAAGAGCACCCUCUAUGCCCGUCUGGACCAGCUGGACACUAGUGACGCUGUCAUCCACCUCAACCAUCUGGAACACAGGCUAGCUGAGCAGGAUGCCCAUCACAGGGAUGCCAUGGGGAUACUGCAGGCUGCAGACAGAAGCAGUUUGCUGACAGAGGUCCGGCAGCUCCGGGUCCAGCUACAACAAAUCCAAGCCCAGGAGCCUGGCAGAUCCAAUCAAGGUGUUCAGCCCAGUGUGUCGCCUGGUAUUGAGCAGCAGAGGGAGAGAGGAGCCCCUCAGGCUGGUUUGUGUGGCGUUCAGGAGCCCCCCACACUGCAGCAGGCUGACAGGGCUCUGCUGGAGGAGCUGAAGGGAGAGCUGUCCCAGACCAAACUAGAGCUGGAGACCACGCUCCAGGCCCAGCAAAAACACCUGAAGGAGCUGGACACAGUCAGAAUGGAGGUGUCACAGAAGGCUGCUGAGGUGGACACCCUGACGGACAGACUGGCAGACGAACAGAAGAAGGCCAGAGAGAUGCAGUGGGCCUUCGAGAAGGAGAAGUGUAAAUCUGACAAGAAAGAGGAGCUGGAGAGCGAGGAGCUGGAGGAUCUAAAACUGGCCCUGGAGGAGCAGCAGAGUCACGUAGCCCAGCUGACCUCAGCCCUAGACCAGGAGCGCCAGUCCACCUCCCAGCUUUCCGUCCAGGUCGAACAGGAGCGCGCCAUACUGCAGACCCAGGCCUCGCAGCUCCACAUCCAACUAGAGUCAGAGCGAGCCCGGACCCAGGAGCUGAGUAGCGCCCUGGGGAGAGAGAAGGAGCUCCGCCAGCACAGCUCCUCCUGGAGUGAAAGCCCAGAGAGGAAGAGGGCUGAGAGUGGGGAGGAUGAAGUGGUGGGAGGGGCGAUGUCAUCCGAAGCUCUUCUGGAGGGACUGCGGAGGGAGAUGGACAAGAAGCAUGCUCAGGUGGUUAGUCUGCUGGACGAGGUGGAGGCCCAGAAGCUGGAGGCUGUGGGACGGGAACAGGAGCUGACCUCGGCAGCUCAGAGGUCAUGCCAGGAUCAUGAGGCUCUUCGUGAGGCAAGGGGCCAGCUGGAAAGCCUGGGGGAGCAGGCGCGGGAUGCCAUGGCGCAGCUGGUGAGAGAGGUGCAGCAGGGGAAGCGACUGGAGCAAGAGAAGGAGAUGCUGCAGGAGAAAGUGGUCCGGCUGGGAGAGAUGAGAGGGGGGGAGACGGUCGGGAGCGGGACGCAGCAGCAGCCUGAUAACCAAAACCAGGCUGUGUGGCGAGGCAUUCCCACUGACCGGACCAGAGACUGGGUGUUCCAGCAGAAGCCUGGCAAGAUGCUUACUAUCGAAUCCAGCGCACCUUCCCUCCUUGAGUUCACUGGGACAGGGGUCAACCUCGCCCCCCACCAUAACCCAAAACACUCAGACAAGGUCUUGGGCAAACUGCAGCUCAUCGCAGCCAAGAUCCGAACCAUGGUCAGCAAGGGCUCUGGCAGGCUGACUUCGGAGGUGGACAGUGAAGGGCUGUCGUGGCUGCAGACCAAUAUUGAUGAGGUCAUCACUAUGCUGCAGCAGUCUCCAGCACUCCCCUUGGUCCCUGAGAGCACCGCCCUGCUGGCGGGAGGCCAGUCCAGCUCCCUGACAGAGCGGCUGCUGAGGCAGAAUGCGGAGCUCACUGGCUUCGUCAGCCGUCUGACAGAGGAGAAGAACGAUCUGCGCAACCAGGUCCUCCGCCUGGAAGAUGAGCUUCGACGCUACCGCCAGGCUGGUCUGGGAUCAGGGGACAGCUCCAGCAGGAGAGGCCGUGUGGACAAGCAGCAUGAGGCGGCCAGCCUUCUGUUCUCAUCGGAGCGCGAGUCCUGGACCAGGGAGAGGAGCCGGCUGGAGAAGGGCCUGCGUCUAGCCCAGGCCGAGGUGACCCGAAUGAGGGCAGAGAUCAGGACAGAGUCCCUCAGAGACAUGACCGGACCGGAUACAGACAACGCCACACUGAAGAGGAUGUAUGGCAAGUACCUGCGCUCCGAGAGUUUCCGCAAGGCCCUCAUCUACCAGAAGAAGUACCUGCUGCUGCUGCUCGGCGGCUUCCAGGAGUGUGAGGAAGCCACGCUGUCGCUUAUUGCUCGCAUGGGCGGCCGGCCCUCCCACUGCAGCCUGGAGUCCCCGACGCAGCACCGCCGCGGGCUGACGCGCUUCCGCUCGGCUGUCCGCGUCUCCAUCGCCCUCUCCAGAAUGCGUUUCCUGGUCAAGCGAUGGCAUAAAGCUACGGGGAUGAGGUCCAUAACAUCUGGCAAUGUUGUGAACAGAAACGGUCUGGGACAGUCACCAGGUAUCGAGAUGAGGACAGACUCACCCUACCUGCAUCCAGGGAGUGUGGAGGUGUACGGGGAAAUCAGAGGGGCCAGCAGGGGGCGCACUGGACGAGACUCCCCCAGUUCCGCCCUUUCCUCUGCACAACACAGGUUCCACAUGGCUGGGGACCCUCUGACCUGCUCUCACCUCCAGAACUACGACCCUGACCGAGCGCUCACCGACUACAUCUCCAGACUGGAGGCCCUGCAGAGGAGACUGGGGAGCGUGCAAUCAGGUUCUUCUUCAUAUGCUCAAAUGCACUUUGGAAUAAGAAGAUAGAAGUCUAUAAUUUACAUUGAAACUGUCUUGAAGAAACUGUUGCCUUUUCUUGUGCUGAGCUUUGGUAUUUUGUAUCAUUCUGCUGUGUACAGUAUAUAUCUAUAUAUAUUACGUGGGGACCAAGAACAAUUUUUUGUGUGUGGACAUCUUAUAAUCAGGCUUUUUGUCGCCAGCACUUGAAACAGCUUCUAUGUUUUGUAAACUUUGGUCUGCCUCUUUGUUGUGGAUAAACACAAUCACGUUAAAUGUAUAUUUGUGGAAUGCUAAUUUAAACAAAAAACAUUGAUUAACUUAAUUUAUACUGUGUGGGUGGAAGAAUAUGUAGUGCAGGCUUUGCUGGAAAACUCCAGUCCUGGAGACGUACCGGGUGGGUGUGCAGGUCUUUGCUCCAGCCCAGCUCUAACACACCUGAUUAAAGUAACCGUGGUUUCUUAAAUGGAAGACCAUGAUUGGUUGAUUUAUUGGAAAUUGUUGUUAGUGCCGGGCUGGCACGCCCAGUAGCUCUCCAAGACGGGAAUUAGGAGAACUCUUGACGUGGAGAAUGUUUGACUUUACUGUUGAGGAGGCUGCUACAGGAUCUAUAUACACUACACUGUGUUUUAUUAGAAUGGUUUCUUGGACAGACUACAAUUUGUAGAAGACAUAUUUUUGUAAAGGUAGGAACUUUGAAUUUUCUGGGUAUUUUGUUAGAAAUGUAAUUAAAGAUGCAUUUUAACACUUGAAA